AUGCAGGAGUCGACGUCCUCUGAGGAGGAGGAGGAGGGGGAGCACCACAGGCCGCAGGUCCAGCUGCCGCCGCCCCCCGCCAAGGGCAUCCUCAAGAAGACCAGCUCCACCGAGGCCGGCGCGCCGUCGCAGCCCACGGCGCCGCCGGAGGCAGAAAAGGAAAAGAAAAAGAAGAAGAAAAAGAAGGAAAGGGAGCGCAAGAAAAGCGCCCGGUUCGACGAGAUGAACAUCAUCGCGACGCUGCACCCGGCCGACAAGGAGUACGGCCACGACGCCAUAGACGAGCCGAAGACGCCCUUCAACUGGGAGCUCGGCGAGGGGACCUCCGCCACCACCGAGUCGGUGAGUGCCUGCGACCUAACGUCGAAGCUGCUGUCGCUGAGCUCGACGAUGCCGACGGUGGUGGAGAACCCGGCAGUGACGAACCACAACACCUCCAACACGUCGCUGUCCGAGGACCUCUCGGACGUGGACGAAGAGCGGCUGACGGAAGAUGAAAAGAAGAAGAAGCUGGAGUUCGAGCUGCGCAGGAAGGCGCACUACGACGAGUUCAAGGUCGUCAAGAAGAUGCCACCUUCCGAAGAGAGCGAUGUGGAGGGCGACAACGACGAUUCCAAGAAGAAGCGGAAGAAGGGCAAGUAG